AUGAACCAGCAGCGCAGCCGUCGGUUCCGCACCGCAAAGGAGAACAAGGAGACGAUCGAGAAGGCCAAGCGCCGGGGCGAGGAAAUCCCCGAGGAGGCCGGCUUCGACAGCAACUGCAUCACUCCCGGCACGCCUUUCAUGGCCCGGCUCUCGCAGCAGCUCAAGUACUUUAUCGCAAAGAAGGUGUCGGAGGACGCCGACUGGAGGAACGUCGAGAUCGUGCUCUCGGGACACGAGGUCCCGGGUGAGGGCGAGCACAAGAUCAUGGAGUACAUCCGCCUCAACAAGGCGCAGCCGGGCUACAGCCCCAACAUGCGCCACUGCAUGUACGGCCUGGACGCCGACCUCAUCAUGCUCGGCCUUCUGAGCCACGACCCGCACUUCUGCCUCUUGCGCGAGGAGGUCAUUUUUGGACCUCGAGGCGGCAAGGGCAAGGCCAAGAGCCUGCACGACCAGAACUUCUUCCUCAUGCAUCUCGGCCUGUUCCGCGAGUACCUCGACCACGAGUUCUCGACGCUUAAGGAGACGCUUCCGUUCGAGUACGACCUCGAGCGCAUCAUCGACGACUUUAUCCUCAUCAACAUCUUCAUCGGCAACGACUUUCUGCCCCACUUGCCCGGGUUGCACAUCAACGAGGGCGCGCUUAACCGCCUCUUCGAAAUCUACAAGCGCAUCCUCCCUCAAGCCGGCGGCUACCUCAACGAGCACGGCAAGCUCAACGCGCCGCGGCUCCAGCUCAUCCUCGACGAGCUCACCGUCUUCGAGCGGGAGCAGUUCGAGCACGAGACGGUCGACAUGGGUCAUGGACGUGGCGGCGGGCACAAGAGCGGCAGGAGGGGCCAGGAGCAGGCGCUCUUCCUCGCCCCUCCCUUCCCGCGACAGUCCUGA